UUUCUUCCUUUUUAUCUCUAAGAAUGCAGGACCUUUCUACGAAUGGGUUGGAGCUGGAUUAACAAGUGUCAAGAUUGCAGGGUUAGAUAAUGGAACCAUAGAUUUGUCUUCAAAUACAUGGAAGUAUAAGGGUAUAAAACCCAGAUUGGCAAAGUGGGUUCUUGUGUGAUGGAAGUGCAAGAUGCAGCCUGCAACUGAUGUGCAUUAAAUACCGAUGCUAGUGAAUUGUAUUGUCGCACGUGGUGCUUCUAGUGUGGCAGGCAUGAUACUCUAUGUGGGAUUUCGGUGUGGGUAUCAGAUUGGCUUGGAAGGAGAGCAUCUUAGAAUUUACAGUAAUGGCAUUGAUAACGUUAAGUGGAUUACCCCAUCGUUACCACCAAAGGAUCAAGCUUUGACGUGGUACAUGGUCGUUGUGGAUGCCCCGAAAGGAACUGAGCCUGUAGGGCUUGAUAUGAAAUAUAUGGGGAAAGGCCAGGCUUGGUUGAAUGGGAAAGCAAUUGGAAGAUUCUGGCCAAGGAAAAGUUCUAUUAAUGAUAAAUGUAGUUCCAGUUGCAACUACAAGGGAAAAUUCUUUCCCGACAAAUGCAGAACAGGAUGUGGGGAACCGACUCAGAGAUGGUAA